AUUUGUCCUGACCCGGGGUCAUGGGGGAAGAGACGGCAGUAUAGAGAGAGAGAGAAGAACCCUGGUGGCUCAGGCAGGCCCUGCCUUAAGACCUACGUCAGCUGCUUCUUCCCCAGGGAAGCUCAGGCAAAGCAGCGCAGACGGGUCGUGGGUCGGCAUGGCAGAUCCCAGUGAAGGCCCCCACACCGGGCCUGGGGAGGUGGCCGAGAGCCCCGUGGAUGAGAGCGGCACCCCUGGCGGUGAGGCCUUCCCCCUGUCUUCUCUGGCCAACCUGUUUGAGGGCGAGGAUGGCUCCCCUUCCCCUUCCCCUUCCCCAGCUGACCCCGGCCGCCCCGCCGCCCCUGGGGAUGCACGACCGAACUUACGCAUGAAGUUUCAGGGUGCCUUCCGCAAGGGGGUGCCCAACCCCAUCGACCUCCUGGAGUCCACCCUGUAUGAGUCCUCGGUGGUGCCAGGACCCAAGAAGGCACCCAUGGACUCGCUCUUUGACUAUGGCACCUAUCGUCACCACCCCAGUGACAACAAACGGUGGAGGAGGAAGGUCAUCGAGAAGCAGCCACAGAGUCCCAAAGCUCCUGCGCCACAGCCACCCCCCAUCCUUAAAGUCUUCAACCGACCAAUCCUCUUUGACAUCGUGUCCCGGGGCUCCACUUCUGACCUGGAUGGGUUGCUUCCCUUCUUGCUGACCCACAAGAAGCGGCUGACUGACGAGGAGUUCCGGGAGCCAUCCACGGGGAAGACCUGCCUGCCCAAGGCCCUGCUGAAUCUGAGCAACGGCCGCAAUGACACCAUCCCUGUGCUCCUGGACAUCGCUGAGCGGACGGGCAACAUGCGAGAGUUCAUCAACUCACCAUUCCGGGACAUCUACUACCGAGGUCAGACCGCUCUGCACAUCGCCAUCGAGCGACGCUGCAAACACUAUGUGGAGCUCCUGGUGGCCCAAGGCGCCGAUGUCCAUGCCCAGGCCCGGGGCCGCUUCUUCCAGCCCAAGGAUGAGGGAGGCUACUUCUACUUUGGUGAGCUGCCCCUGUCGCUGGCAGCCUGCACCAACCAGCCCCACAUCGUCAACUACCUGACGGAAAACCCACACAAGAAGGCCGACAUGCGGCGGCAGGACUCCCGUGGCAACACCGUGCUGCACGCGCUGGUCGCCAUCGCGGACAACACCCGCGAGAACACCAAGUUCGUCACCAAGAUGUAUGACCUGUUGCUGCUCAAGUGUGCCCGCCUCUUCCCUGACAGCAACCUGGAGGCCGUGCUCAACAACGAUGGGCUCUCACCCCUCAUGAUGGCAGCCAAGACGGGCAAGAUUGGGGUCUUUCAGCAUAUCAUCCGCCGGGAGGUAACAGACGAGGAUACAAGACACCUGUCUCGCAAGUUCAAGGACUGGGCAUAUGGGCCGGUGUAUUCCUCACUGUAUGACCUCUCCUCUCUGGACACGUGUGGGGAAGAGGCCUCUGUGCUGGAAAUCCUGGUGUAUAACAGCAAGAUUGAGAACCGCCACGAGAUGCUGGCCGUGGAACCCAUCAACGAGCUGCUGCGGGACAAGUGGCGUAAGUUUGGCGCUGUGUCCUUCUACAUCAACGUGGUCUCCUAUCUCUGCGCCAUGGUGAUCUUUACCCUCACCGCCUACUACCAGCCACUGGAAGGCACCCCCCCCUACCCGUACCACACCACUUUGGACUACCUGAGGCUGGCUGGCGAGAUCGUCACACUCUUCACCGGGGUGCUGUUCUUCUUCACCAACAUCAAAGACUUGUUCAUGAAGAAAUGCCCAGGAGUGAAUUCUCUCUUCAUUGAUGGCUCCUUCCAGCUACUCUACUUCAUCUACUCCGUGCUAGUGAUUGUCUCUGCGGCCCUCUACCUGGCGGGAAUUGAAGCCUACCUGGCUGUCAUGGUCUUUGCCUUGGUCUUGGGCUGGAUGAAUGCCCUCUACUUUACCCGUGGGCUGAAGCUGACGGGAACCUAUAGCAUCAUGAUCCAGAAGAUCCUCUUCAAAGACCUUUUCCGCUUCCUGCUGGUCUACUUGCUCUUCAUGAUUGGCUAUGCUUCAGCCCUGGUAUCCCUUCUGAACCCAUGUGCCAACAUGAAGGUGUGCAGCGAGGACCACACCAACUGCACAGUGCCCACAUACCCCUCGUGCCGUGACAGUGAGACGUUCAGCACCUUCCUGCUGGACCUCUUCAAGCUCACCAUCGGCAUGGGUGACCUGGAGAUGCUGAGCAGCACCAAAUACCCAGUGGUCUUCAUCAUCCUGCUGGUCACUUACAUCAUCCUUACCUUCGUGCUGCUGCUCAACAUGCUGAUUGCCCUCAUGGGUGAGACGGUGGGUCAGGUCUCCAAGGAGAGCAAGCACAUCUGGAAGCUGCAGUGGGCCACCACCAUCCUGGACAUCGAGCGCUCAUUCCCUGUGUUCCUGAGGAAGGCCUUCCGCUCUGGUGAGAUGGUGACUGUGGGCAAGAGCUCGGAUGGCACCCCAGACCGCAGGUGGUGCUUCAGGGUGGACGAGGUGAACUGGUCUCACUGGAACCAGAACUUGGGCAUCAUUAAUGAGGACCCAGGCAAGAGUGAGAACUACCAGUACUACGGCUUCUCGCACACUGUGGGCCGCCUCCGGAGGGAUCGCUGGUCCUCGGUGGUGCCGCGCGUGGUGGAGCUGAACAAGAACUCAAACCCAGAUGAGGUGGUGGUGCCUCUGGACAACAUGGGGAACCCCAGCUGCGACGGCCCCCAGCAGAGCUACCCCCCCAAGUGGAGAACUGAUGACGCGCCCCUCUAGGAGCUGUGGGCGGGUCAGGGUCUCUGGCCUGCAGCCCAAGCCUGUCCCUCCACCCGCCUAUUUCUAUUCCACCUGCAUUUCAGCGAUGCCUCUGCAGGGCAUCCCCCACGUGCUCCUUUGACCUCCAGAGGCGAGGGCUGGGCAGAGAUGAAGGGGAGGCCCCAGGACCCUCUGGUCCCCAGCUCCUGUCCCCCCAGCUCCGCCUCCCCCACCCACUGCCCCAGGGCAUGUGGCUCCUGACUGCUGGUCUCACUCCCAUGGAGUCACAUAAGCCAAGGCCAGGGCCUCUCUGCCCACGGGGGCUCGGUCCCCUGCCUCUCCAUUAUUUAUUUGCUCUGCUCUCAGGAAAGUGGUGUGACCUUCGUCCCCAAAGGGAACCUGGCCGAAGCCUCAGGACCCCAUUCCAGGUCAUUGCCAGCCAACCCCCAGCCCCAGCCUGGGGCCCGGGUGGCACAAAGCACCCUGUGGCUUUGUGAUGGGGCUGGGGCCCUUGCAGUGGGGCCGUGCCUUCAGUGUGUUCUGUAAAAGGGCUGGGGUUUGUCGGUGCCCAAUAAAUGUUCAUUCACUGA